AUGACUCAUUCCCAGAAUUUAGAUGAAGAAAGUGUCCAAUUGGAAUGUGAAAGCAAUGAUAAUUUGCCAGAGUUCUUCAAGAUUUACAUGCCUGCUCUAUCUUCCAAAUUGCUGAGAAUUCCUCCAGAUUUUGUGGACAAAUUUGGUGAGGAUAUUCCGACAAAAUGCAGGAUAGAAAGGCGAGGGGGAAGAGACAUGAGUUGGGAAGUUAAUAUGAAGAAAGUGAAUGAUUGUUGGUUUUUGGAAAAGGGUUGGCCUAAUUUUGUAGAUGAAAAUUCCUUAAGAGAUGGUGAUUUUCUCUCAUUCUGUUAUGUUGCUAAAUCCAUCUUUCAUGUCCAGAUUUUCUCACCAAAUGGCUGUCCAAAACGAGAAAAUUGUGGGAUUUAUAAAGAGAAGAAGCCAGUGGCACAUAUCAACGGAUUCCCUAGUUUUUCAUCUGUGAUAAACAAGACACACUUAGAGAAGGGGUAUUUGUAUUUACCAGUCACGUUUUCGAAGGCACACAUGAAUAUGGAAAUAAGACCACAAAUGGAGGCUACUCUUUGGGUGAAAAAGAAAGCAUGGAAUGUGGGAGUAGUGAGAUAUGGUGAUGGAAUUCGACUUCAAAAAGGUAUGCUUAAGUUUUGGAGAGAAAAUUCAGCCAAAGUUGGGAAUUCAUGCACGGUUCAUCUCAUUGAUACCAAACACCUCUCUUUCAUGGUCACUUUUGAUUAAGGAGAGAUUGUUGGUUUCAUUCCACAUUCUUUUGAUGAUGGUAUUAUGUUAAUUAUCCAACAUAACUCUCUCUGUGACUGUAUGUACUUUUUCAAGUUGGGAUUUGUGCAGUUGUGUAAAUUGGUGUGGUAUUAUGUAUUUAUAAUUAUAAGUGAUGUUAAUGUCUGAUCUUUAUACUUA